AUGGCAUUUGUGGUGGUUGGUGAUGGCCUCUGUGGCUCGGACAGCACUAGACUUUCUUUUCUUCAUGUGUCUGUUCCAAAUGCUACAAAAAAUCCAUCAGAGACUCCUUUUAAAGAAGAUAAUGCUUCUGCUUGGGAGGUCUCCGAGCUACAAGUUGCUGAUGAGUGUACUGGGAAGUAUCACUGCGUGCUUGCUCUCAUCUUGUUCUCUAUAGCAUAUGCUAUUGCCCGUCAGUGGAGGCAAGAUUUUGAGCUAAAUGAAAUCUGCUUGAUUGUACAUUUACAAAGUGUUGAGCUUGCAAGUGAGCUGAACUUGUGCAUGAUAGUUCCCUUCGUUACAGUAGAGCUUAAAAGCACAGCAGCCAUGCGCCCAGUUUUGGCACUGAUUGCUUUCAUCUGCAUAGAGACCAUCAUGGAAUGCUCCCCUUGUGAAGGCCUUUAUUUCUUCGAGUUUGUGAGCUGUAGUGCAUUGGUGGUUACUGGAGUUCUGUUGCUUAUGUUCAGUCUAAAUCUUCACACAAGAAUACCGCAGAUCAACUGGAAUCUUACUGAUCUGGUCAACACUGGACUCAGCACUUUCUUCUUUUUCAUUGCCUCUGUAGUACUUGCUGCUUUAAACCAUAAAACUGGAGCAGAAAUUGCUGCUGUGAUAUUUGGUUUCUUGGCAAUGGCAGUGUAUGCUGUGAACACAUAUUUAGCUAUUAAAAAGUGGCGAAUGAACAGCAGACAACAAAGUAGUCGGCAGACCAGUGAUUACAUACGUGCUCGGACAGAAUCCAGAGAAGUAGAUCAUCGCCCUGAGAUUCAGCGUCUGGAUGCAUGAGAGCGACAUUCAAAGAAUGGGACUGCAAAGGGAAAAGAAGAAGUGCUUAACUCCCUCAUGGAAUAAAGGGUUUUUUCUUUAUUUAAGGAAGAAAAGGAAGAUCGGAUGGUGGCAAAGAAUGCCCAGCCCUGCAUAUGUGCAGAGAUGCAUUGAGUCAAAGCUGUUGUCAUGAAGGCAGUAAAUGUUGGUCAUUCAAAAGCAAGAUCAGUUUAAGAUGCCCACAUAUAUAUGCAUAUAUUAUAUAUCUUAUAUAAUAUAUGUAUGUUUUGCAGUAUGUUACUGUUUUGAAUUGACUGCACAGUACUUUCCUUCCCUCUCCCAAGUGCAAGCUCUGAAUAUACAGUUCUACCACUGUUUCUUCAUCUAUUGUAAACACUAAGACCAGCACUACAUUGCUUGGUUAAUAUAAGAAAUCUACCAAAAGUAAAUUUAAUACAUGUGAAAAGGAAUUGAGGGGCAAAUAGCAAUAACUUUAGCCAUGUAUCGUGUCCAACGAACUCUCUGUAUCCAUCCUCAUGCAGCCUUGGCAGUGCAGCUCAGUUCUCAUCUGCAAGAUCUCCUGCAGUGUCACUGUUGGUGCACUUAUAUAUCUGAAAUGGACAACCAUUUCACACCUUUUGGUUGAUGGAUAUAGUGUUGAGGUAGUUACCUUACGGGUUACUCUGAAAUUGCCAUAUUCCAUUCAUGCAUGCAGAUCUGAACUUGUGCAAAAUUAGCGUGUUUACUCAAUGGUUACCAUAAUGCAUCAAGUACAAAUAUGUUGUUUUCUGGUAAUGUUGAAAUACAUUCUGUUUUUCAUUCCAAAAUGGGAAAAGAAAAAUGCUUGGGAGGCAGAGUGGAGAAAAGGGGGUUGAGGGGCACAGUAGAGAAAGAAGGGGUUGUCAUCCAAUAGACUUCAAUAGACUUGCAUUCCAGUCAUGGCUUUUUUUCUGUUUCCUGGUGGGUUUUUUGUUUUGUUUUUUUAAGGUUCAGCGUUUCUGAGAUGCCUUGGGUAAGCAAGAACUAGGAAAAAAUUAUGAAGUGUUCCUAAGGUUGCAAUAUUGUGAUUCAUGUAAGACAAAUACUUUCCUUUUUGGAGGUUUUUGUUACUUCUAAACUUAAAACUGUUGGUAGUAGGUAAAAAUUUUUUUUUUUUUUUUGGAUGUUUCUGCAAAUUUUUUCCCUAAUAUUUCUUUGGAAAAUGAGUUUAGAUAAUUGGAGGAUUGGCUGUAUUGAUUUGUUUAGAAAUAGUUUUACCUAACUGAAGUUUUCUUAUUUUAAUGUACUUCGAGUGAAGAGAAGGAUAUUUUCUCUACUUGAAACUUGAAUUCUGCAGUAAUCAGCAGACAGUAUAAUAAUGUUAUUAGGAAGAUGUCCCUUGAUACUCUUCUGCUUUUUUGAUUGGUGUUUUUAUUUAUGUAAUCCAGUGUUUGUCAUAUGCAUGCCUUCAUGUUACGUGAAGAAAAUGUGUAGGGGAGAGGAUCUCUAGAGCUGAAUUCCUUUCUGAUGUAAGCCAAUGAAAUCUUUGAUGUUAGUGGAACUGUAUGCCACGUGUGCCUGAAUUCGUCUCACGCUUGACUUGAACACUUUUUGCUUUGUGUUCUUAUGUAGCUGUACUCUUAAGCAGAUGAAUGCAGUUAACUGGAGUCUUAAUAACAAACGGCAAUACAUUGCAAUAGGUCACUUUUAAAUAUGAAAGCCAGGUUAUGCCUAACGGAAGAUUCAUAGAAGUGCUUGGGCUUUUUUAAUACUGGAGGGAACUGGGAGAGUGACAGGUGUGAACCUAACGCUGCAAUAUUUCAAUCAAGCAACAGAGAAUUAUUUUGAUGUGUGAAAAAACGGUGACAAAACUGAUGUCUUUUCAUUUUCAAUUUACUGACGUCUAGAGUGCAUUUCACGUUAGUGGCUAAGAUGCAGAUUAAAAUUCAGAGUUACUACUGAGGCUAAAGAAAACUUGCAUUUUCUUAAUGAGUUUACUAGUUACUAUAGUAACAUCUUAUUGUGCUUCAUUGAAAGUUAAUGCCAAAGGGAACACCAAUUUUAAAAAAGACUGAACCAUAUAAGCCAACCUCUGUUAUUGGGUUUAGAACAUAGACAUUUUGUUGAGGUGGUGCCUCACCAGGAUCACUGUGCAUUUCAUGAAAAGUAAAUGACAGUUCCAUGUUCAGUGUGGUAUGAAAUAACGAAGUUACUGUUGCCAAUACAGUUGUUACACCCUGCUGUUUUUCAGCCCUCUGCGUAGUGUUGGCAAAGUUUGCAAGGAGUGUUUGUAGAGAUUGUCAAUUAUUAAAAGAACUUUUUUAAAAGUAGCACAAGCAUGUCUAGACUGGAAUGGUAAACUGGCAUUUUUGUGUAAAGAUUGUUUAAAAAAAAAACAACCACAAACAAAACCCUGCAAAACCACACCAGAACACCAAAACCCCCUACUCAAAUACAGAAUAUUGUCCUCCAGAAGUUCCAUGCUUUUAAAGCGGAACCCUCAUCUGAAAUCAAGAAAUGGAAGGCAAUGUAUAGCAAAGGCUUUUCGUUAGGAAUGUAUCCUCUUUGCUGGUUAAUGACAAAGACUAAAACGGUGCGUAUGUAAGAGAACUCCCUGUUCCUCUCCUGUACUCCCUGUGCUGAUUCGGGCUUUUCAGAGGUGUGGGACAUCUUGUGCAUCCUUAAGUUUAUGAAUUUGGUAUCUUUUAGAUCCUUACACCUUUCCUUACCUAGAAACACAGUAACUUCACCGAGCUUUUUCUGGAGUGAGAUCAUGAAAAGAUUUUUGUUAUCUUUUAGCUGGAAUGACAAAUGCCGAAUGAUACCGUUAUACUUCUAAUACAUUAUAACACUUAAUCAUGUAGUAUAGUAUACCUGAAUGACCUUGAGUGCUUUUACAUGUGAAGUAAGUUUUCUUGAGCUGAGAACCGUAUGCCAUUAUUUAUUACUUACAUCAUGACUUGAGCUUACCACAGCUUUCAGGGUAGAAUUCAAAGAGAAUAUUAAUUUAAAAAAUACUAUCUGAUACACUUUGUAAAACAGAAAAACAAAUGUAAAUUUGUAAUUUCCUUAUUAUGGGGACCAAAGAUGAUUUUAGUAUUGUACAGUAUAUACUUUCUAAAAAUCUAAGUUAAGCAUUUAUUACUUUUACGGAGACAUUAUUUACUAUUGGGAUUAUGUAAAAGGGAAAUGAAGUAGCUCUGAGAGACAACUAAAUUUGAAACAUUAACAUCACAUGAUCCCCCUGACUUAAUUUUACACCGUGUAUUGAAGAGGUGGUAAUAUUUUAAGACUGUUAUCCAAACUGCAAUCAUCAUAAAAAAGCUCUGAAGGAAGAAAACAGGUUAGAAAGUUUAAUUUUUUUUUGAAACUUGCUCAGAAAUGUGAUAUUAAAUUGCUUUCCCCAGCCAGUUAGUCUUGCUUGUAAUUGCUGAGCAUAUAGGAAUAACUUCUUUUAGUCCUUCAGAGUACUGUUUAGCUCCGUAAAGGGACACAAAACCCACUGUAAAUAAAACUAAAUUAAAGCUAGACACUUAAACCUUGUAGGACUGGGAUGCUUGAAACCGUAAUGGUUCUGAUCAGUCCUCUUUUUGUCAAACUAAGCUCUCAGAUAUGCAAUCUCCAUGUAUUUCUGCAUGUAGAAAUGAUGGUAAACUUUGAAACGUAUGCACAGACAUCAAAAAACUAGUUAAAGCAUAAGAUGUGAUGGAGCAACAGCAUAGUAACUGCUGUAUAGUCUUGUAAGAAUAUGUGUUUCCCUUUUAAUGCUAUGUAUGCUCAGUUUUGUCAGCCUUCAAGUUUAUCAUACAUUCCUGUAAUGAUGUGCAAAAUGCCUACAAAAGAAGUUUCUAAAACCAUAAUUAAGAACCAAUUUGACAGUUUCAUCGCUUCUUAGUAAAGUUGAUUCCUUGUUACUCUCUGCUUGUUCCUUUCACGUCAUAUAUCCAUGCCUCAUCUAUCUCACGUUUUAAUAUCUAAUUUUUGUUAAGCCUUCUUCAUUGACCUGUAUAGUGACCGCUUCAAUAGAAGGAAGAUAAGGAUGCUGCGUCCAAUGUCCUUUUGCUUAAGUAUGGCACUCUUCCCUUUUAUGAUAGCUUAUGGUGUUUGGGCUGGAUGUGCUGGGGAAAUACUGUUCUUUCCCCUAGGACUUUGGAAGCUAGCUGGUAUGCUGCAUGUGUUUCUGUGUAAGCUUUCUGGUAGGAGCCACGUGCUUAGAGGUUGAGAGGAUGAGAGAUUCAUCUACCUCUGCCUUUUUUGAGAGACAAGGUACUGACUGUAGAGAUUUUAUGCCUAUGUUUCAGUCUGUGCUAUUCAUCAUGGGCUUUGUAUCCAGAAGCAUGGCAUCAGCAAAGAGCUGUGCCUUGGAAGCAGCUUCUCAUCUCUUGCUUAUAAGAUGUCUCCUACAUGUGAAUUUAAAUAAAAUCAGUAAUGUGGGGUGCUUCUUCAUAGGCUUGUCACAUGCUUUUCACUGUGCAUCUCGUGGUACAAUCUACAAUUGGUUUAUCUCUUUGUAUUUCAUUGAUACUAGAAAGAAGAGGGAAAAAGUGGGGAAAGUUUCCAGUCUUCCUUCAGAUAAUCUUAUUUUACUUUUUCUUCCCCUAUGAGUUAUUUUAUGCCACGUGAUGAUUGCCCAUUCCUAACACAGCAGACUUACUGGUUCUUAAAAGUGCUGUGGAACACAGCAGGAGAAUCGAUCUGCUGCAAGCUGCAUGUGGACUGUUACGACUGAACUAACCACUAGUUUUCAAUGAACUUUAAGGUCCCUAAACAAAUUUGAUAUUUGUCACCUUUGUGCUAUUUUGGGGAUGUGCAGGCGCAGCAAAUGCUUAUCUAAUAUUUAUUAAUGCAACAUUCCCCGCCUCCCCCCCUUCCCCCCCCUUCCUUAGUCCGUGUUCUGUAUCUGUUAUUUUCUUGUCUCAGGACAACUUUGUAAACAUUCCUACUUGUUCUCCUCUUUUUUUAUGGGGGGAGAGAACCCAAAACCAAAUCAACAACUUAACGUAUCUAAGAAUAUGUUUUUAGGGCAUAAUGGAAAAAAACAACUCCACACCAAAAAUACCCCCAAAAAGCCAAACCAAAAACUUAAUAGCAAUUCAAAUAGUGUAGAAAAUAAUAUCCUGUCUCCUACUGAGAUGAGAUACUGAACAGCUUUGUACAUGAAAAUCAGAGCAUAAACAACAGGUUUAGGCUGAAAGCUCUGGAGCCAAACAUCUUCACCAGGUAUUUAGGAUAAAUAAAAAUGUAGGCAUGAUCUGAUAAUGAAUUUGAGAUGUGAUAAAGAGUGAGAAGGAGAGAGAAACCCAAACUUGAUUCCUAAUAAUCCAGUGCUUUCGAAAUUACAUGUGAACAUUAAUAAUCCCCAACCACAGAAGAAAAGAUUGCUUCUGUGCUUCAUAGCGAAGGAGAGAGAGACCCCUUGAAUCCAUAGUAGAAGUAGGUGUAGAAGCGUUUCUCUGUUCCUAACUCUGGAGCCAUGCUGGCUGUGUAAUGCUGGUGGAGAGAUUCUACACCAGCGUUGUUAAUGGUGCAUCUUAAAACCUGAGGUGACAAAUUGGUGUGAUUACCAAGUAACUUCUCCUCAGCUGAAGUGCAGUAGCUGGUUCACAGUGACCUGCAGGACGUAGAUGUUUGCAUCAGAAGGGUUCUAUGUAUCUAGAAGAAAGGAUAGUUUCAGACUAAUUUCUGCUCAGUCCCACUGAAAUGAGGAAGGCAGUCACGUAGCAUUUCUGAAAUUGGGUACUUAGUUCUUGUUGUUUGUAGCACAAAAUAAUGGAUUGUUUGGAGGGCCAGCAAAGCUCAAAAAGGCUGUGCAAAUAGAGGUGUGUAUGGCAACAAAAGUAAUAAUUUUAAAAUUAAACUGAAAUAGGUACAAAACCCAACAGAAUGUUUGAAAAUAGUUUGUAGAAAUUAUGCUAUAUUCCUCUCUUUAUUUUAACAGAGGGAGUUGGUUAAAAAUGAAUUUACACAAAUACUCAGGAAAUCUCUGAAUGACGCUUUAUAGAGUUUUUCCUGGUAUAUUGUUUUCCCUGUUAGCCACUCGGCCACCUGGAUAGAUCUGUUUGACAGAGUCAGAGCGGUGCUGUCCAACCUGAAAGGGUUCCUUUGUUGUUUUGGUCUUAUUUUUCCUUGCUCUUCUUAAAAUCUGUCUAUAAUUUAACCAUUUGUAUUCUAAAAUAAUCUUUAGAAAAUCUGCUUACACUGUGAUUUAUGAUAGCCUUUAAUUUAGAGUAUACAACACAAUCUAAUUUUCUUUUGGGAUAUGCAGCUUUCAAAAGUGUUCUUAUAUAUGCCCAGAAAUGAAAGUUGUCUAUUUAUCAUGAAAAUGUGAUUAGAUAAAGUUACCUAUCUGGAAUCCCAGCAACUCUUUCAAAUGUGCUGGAUGGAUGAGUUAGUGAAAUUGCCUUUUAAUCUCUAUGGGUUAAUAAAUAUUUUUUUAUUACUAGCCACAGAUAUUCCUUUUUAAAUUAUACUUGGCAAACAGAAGAUAUAUAAUUUUAUAUACAAUAUACAUAGUUACCUUGAUUGACAUAUUUAUAACAUAGAGCUUUGUGUUUACUAUGAAGGUUUUAUCUGUAUACCAGGGACUUAAUGGGUAAAAUUUUAAAAAGCCAGUUAACGUAUACGGAAGGAUGUGGAAAUUAUCUUCAUGAAUUCAGAGUGAGGACAUAGGAGCAUUUCAAAAAGCAAUAGCCAGAUCAUAUUAACAGAGUAUCUGGGUUUUUUCUUAGUAUUUGAUUGGGGCUGGUCCCUACAGCUAUUUUAGUAACAUCUGGAUGUGAGUAACAGAAUGAAAUAUAACCAUCUGCCUCUUCUGACUGUCACGGACUAUUGUCUAGAAUAUGGGAAACUUCAGGGUAUUGUAUUUGUUUUGCUUUGGACAAAUGUCUCAAUAGACAUAUUUAAUUAAAACCUUCAUGUGUUUGAAAGAAAAUACCCUCUCUUAACUAGGCUGAUUUAUCACUUUUGGUAACCUUUUAAUCCCAAAAGUAUUAUUGUCUAAAUAUUUUUAGUAAUGUUACAUUUAUCCUGAUGUCUACAGGUUAAAGUGGUUCUGGCUAGCACCCUUUAUUACGACAAUUGCUACCUUCAUUUUUCUACUGUUUAUACUUUAAUCUUGAAUGUUUACCGGUUUCUACUUGUUGGAUAUUGUGGAGGGAGAGUGUAUCUUAGCACUACAGUUCAUCCAGCUUUAACUCAUACAUCACAGUUCUGGAGUAAGAAAAUAUUUUGAUUUAUAUAUUGUGGCCAAUUUAUUGCAUUUUUAAAUGAUUUCUAUACUUAAGACACAACAUUUAUGACGUAAUAUAACAAAUGACUUAGCUAAUCAUUAUAUCUGUCUAGACUUACUCUCUUCUGUGUUAGUGUCAUUUUGAAACUAUUUGUAUAUGUUGAAGUUUGUAAGGGUUCAGGAACCCACAAUAAAAUAGUAUAGUAUGUAUUUAUUUCUCAUUAUAAUGCUCAGUUUUGAUUUGAAAGUUGACACUUUGUAUGUCUUUUCACAGAAUUGUAAACAAAUACCGAAAAACUGCUUCACCUAGUGUGCCUUCCGUGUGUGGUAUAAACACUUGUCAUUCACAGAAAUAGAGAUGUAAAUUUAUUAAACCAGUAAACGCUAUUUUUGUAAUGUGAGUCACUAAUGCAUCUCUGGCUUCAUUUUGCUGUGUUUCCACUAAUAGCAGUUUUAUGGCUACUGUAGUCAUUGCUUUCCCUUUGGGCACUAAAUAGUAAAUCUGAUAUCAUGGCAAAUCAAAAGAUUGUGUUGCUUUGGCUCUGCUGUGCCUUCAGCCGCUACCUGAAAGAUGGAGAUGAAGCAGAUUGCUGAUGUGAGCUAGAAGGUACUCCAAAUUUCUUUCCUUGAGACUUGGGUGAAAAGAUGCUCAGUGUGGGAUAUCUGUAUCGUCAGUGCCGAUUCUGGGUCCUCUAGAGAAACAUAGCGGGCAUAACCUAAACAUUCUGAUUCUAGCUCAUAACUUAUGAUUUAUGGUGUCUGAGGAGGGAGCAUCCAGGCCUGACUGAAAGACUUUAUCCCUCGAGGAUGUAGGUCCUAUACUGAUGGAUUUGUAAUUGGGAACAGUUCAGAAGUGUUAGUUGAAAUAGUGGGUUAGAAUUCCAUCUUGGACUGAGCAAAGGGGAUGCAAUUUUCCUUUUAUCAUACGAGCACAAGUCUGCUGUGUAAUGCCCUUGGUAUUUUGCUUUUGAAGUAAGAAACAAUAAUAUUUUGCCAAGGAAAAUCUUACAAUACUCUAUGUGUGAAUGCAGAACCUGACGCUGUUGUCCUCGCUCAGGCAAAAUUCCCCAUUGACUUAGGGGACUGUAGAUCAGGUACCCAUUUAUCACCAAAUCCUGAUCUAGGAUUUGAAGAAUAUCGCAAGUUAGCAAAUGCUCAUAUAGAGACAAUUUACAGUCUUGAAGCAAUUUCACAUUAUUGUGGUAAGUGUUCUUUAAGUUCUCAAACUGCACACCAGGCCAGCUGAUAAAAUAGAUGCUUUCCAUAGCGGUACCUACCAGCUGUGAUCACUGUCCCCUCGGUAUCGACAGCUGUAACUUACCUGUGCAAGUGUAGCAUCUUCCAGCUCUGUAUGUGAAAGUUGUGCUGUUAAUGCUUGACCAGUUUCAAAGGCAAGGUGACUCUACAAGAAAACAUAACCUCCAACUUGUUUUUACACCAGUAAUGAUUUUUCAAUACUUUGUGUGCUUCUUUUCUGUUGUUUUUUAUGCUAAACAAAAACCGCAAGCUGAAGAAUUGUAAUGUCUUGCAAUACCGAAAGCAGUCUUGUUUUUAAAAUCCAUACUGUAAUAGCAUAAUUUAAAUGGUGUAUUUAUCAGUUUUAAAUGUCAUUUUGCUUCUCCAGUCUUUCAUAUAUGGGCACAGUACUUUUUGUAAAUUUUUUUUAUUUAGUUGUCUUUCUGUCUUUUUUUCUUUCUGAUAUUUGAAGAUUUGAGCUCUAUGGAUUUUCAUGGUACUCCUCUGA